GUAGCUCCUUAAUCCUGGAAUGCACCAGCAGGCUGUUAAUUAGCAGGUCCUAGCCCAGGUGAUUAGCUGUGUGCCAGGCAGACUGGGCCAUCACAAGAAUGCAAAGAGACUGGAUAUAUUAAUAACAAAUACCUUCUGGAUACAUUAUGGGACAGAGAUCAGAUUCUCUCAAGGGCAACAGUUGCUUUGUAUCCAGAAGGUAUUCGUUAUUAAUUUAUACAGCGUGCAAAAACCUGGUAGAUCCCAGUUCUCUAAGCUGAAGAAUAACAGUCCAGAGCCAGGCUGAGGGUUCCAAAUCCCAGAUCUGUUCAUUUCUCCACAACAAGCCCAGGCAGAAAACAAGACUCUUUAUUUUGCAAAACCAUUUCAAAGAAGCCUAUCAUGCAUAAGAGCAGCAUCUCUUCCAGAAGAGUUCCACACGGAACCUUCCUCCUGGAAGGCCGCCUUCCUUUUGAACAGCAGGAACGUGGCCACUGUGACCUCACAGUGGCUGAUCCGGCUGCAAGGAGGCCCUGCCCCACAGAGCAGCCACGACAUACCUUGAGGGAUGGCAGGCCGCUGGCAAGCUCAGCGCCAGGCCAGGGUCCACUGGGAAGCGGAGGGGUGUUGGGUCAGGGGCCUGCUUCUCCUGUGCUCGUCCACCCUGCCUCCUGUCGCGGCCCUCGGCGAGUGGCGCCUGGGGGCGGACCUGUGGCGGAACUUCGCUGGAGCUUUCCCGAGAGAGCCUUCUGAGUCCUGGGGUUCAGGAGAAACAGGCGCAGGAUGCGGCGUACCGGACAGCUUCGCUCCCACAGGCUCGGCCCGAGAGUCUGGCAACUUCCCUUGGAUGGUCUCUUUGCAGGGCCCGGACGGCGGCCGUCUGGCCUUUGGUGCCAUCCUGAGCAAACACUGGAUCGUAACGGCGGCCUCCGGGAUCUACGACAGAGGCCAGGUCUCGGCCGUGGUUGGCGUUGCCGGUCUGAAGGUGGCCAUCGGCGCGAUCGUCCCCCACGAGGCCUUUGACGACGUCGCCCUGGCCCACGACAUCACCCUCCUGAAGACCGCGGCCCCGAUCCAUUUCAGUGAGACCGUGCAGCCCAUCUGCUUCCCAGCUGAAACCUUUCCAGUGACGGCCCUGGAGAACUGCUUGGUGGUGGGCUCCUUGCAGCCUCCUGAAGGAGAGACAGGGAGCAGCUCUCUCUGGAAGCUUCAGGUGGUGGAUGCCGACCCUUGUCCUCUGCACAGGAUCAUGACCACCGAGUGUUGCAGCCACCGGGACGGCGACAGCGUGCCUGGAUGCCUGGGUGACCCCGGCAACCCCGUCGUGUGCCAAGCAGAGGAGACAGGGCAGUGGCUGCUGAAGGGGAUCCUGACCGAGGGAGGCGCAAGAUGCUACGGGCCCUUUCUCUACACCAAGGUCUCCUGUUACAGCGAGUGGAUUGUGAGCACAACCGCACAAUGGGGGGAUCCCCUCUCUCCCAUCAGUGGCAGGAGGCGCUCUGCCUUCCAGACUCCCAUGGAGCAACGCAAAGGGGCAGCCAAGCCCUUUCUGGAGCAGACAGCGCUGAACUCCUCGGACAUCCAGCUUGGCCUUAACUGGACGCAGGAGCCCAGGGAAGACAGCCAUGAACUCCCGGCGCAGCCAGGCGAGCCACGAGGCAGGUCCGAUAUUGUCUACUACGACUACUACGGUGGGGAGCUCGUCCCCAUUUCUACUGCCGUGUCAGGUCAGCCAUGGAGACUUCAAGGACUCAUCUCAGCCAGCUCCCUUCUCCUUUGGCUGGGUGGCAUAAGACCUGGGCAGGGACCAGCUUGAGGCCAUUUAGAAGGGCGUGGGGGCUUUUUGCUCGCACAGCUGAGGCCUCCAGAUGGGCUCCUCUGUCAGGUUCUCCUGGAAGCUCCUGUGCUGCAGUUAGACUUUAUCCACUUCUACUGCCUCCCUGCCCUGUCCCAACGGAGAUGACGUGACUCCAAAGAGGUAGAUUAAACCGCAAUGUAUUUCUCUC